AUGAAGGCGGUCAAGAGCUUCAUCAAGACUGAGGAUGACGGCAAGAUUAACUGGUCGCCUAAUGGUGGAGCUAUGUAUGCCGUUGUUAACAAGGAUGAGAAGAAUCCUUAUGCAUCUGGCGUGGCGUAUCUCACCGUCCAAAACUCCAGCAUCACAGGAAAGGCAGCCCACCACACAACGCAUCAUCUCUACGUCACCCGCCAAAAAGACAACGAGACAUACGCAGCUGGAGCAUACAACUCUCUCACCCCCGAAGACCCCCAGGUUGACUUUGACAAGUACUUCAACGGCGAGUCCCUCGACCAAGAAGACAUUGUUGUUUGGUUCAACCUAGGAAUGCAUCAUAUGCCUCACACAGGCGAUCUCCCCAACACAGUCUUCUCAACCGCUCAUUCAUCUAUGUUGAUUGAGCCAAUGAACUAUCUCCUCGGUGAUCCGUCGCAGGCUAGUUCACAGCAGGUUCUCAUCAAGACUACAGAUGGAAAGCCUGAGAUUACGAGAUACGGUGCUAAAGAAGCAACUUGCCCUGUCGACCUGGCUCAGCUCAACCCCGAUCUGUCAAAUUACUCCAACAGUGUUAGCGUCCUCAAGUAUCCUUUCGAUAGCUCGAAGCCGGAUCGAGUCAAGGAUCUUUACGACCUCAAAGGUGUAAAAAGCUCGCGCGGCAACCGUGCUUGGUACAAUCUCUAUCCAGCAGCGAACAAAACAGCACCGGCGAUACAGAAUUUGAUUGAUGCGGGAGCUGUGAUCGUUGGUACGCAGAAGCUCUCCCAGUUCGCGAAUGGGGAGAAUCCAACUGCAGAUUGGGUCUCGUACCUUGCGCCGUUCAACCCCCGCGGAGAUGGGUACCAAGGUCCAUCCUCGUCGUCAUCGGGUGCGGGAGCAUCUAUAGCGUCUUAUCCGUGGCUGGACCUUGCUGUUGGAAGCGACACAGGAGGUUCAAUCCGUGGACCUGCUGGAGUUUCAGGUGUUUUCGGCAAUAGACCUACUCAUGGCCUUGUCAGUCUGGACAACGUGAUGCCGCUUUCACCCAAGAUGGACACAGCGGGUUUCCUGACUCGCGAUCCCGAGAUGUGGGGAGCAGCGCAGGCGGCUAUGUACAAGAAGAACUACACGAUGUUUUCAAAGGAGAUUGUCAAGUACCCAAGGACGGUUUACACGGCGGGGUUUCCGGCCAACGAUACACCCGAGGGCGCAAUACUGCACCAAUUUGCCAACGAUCUCGCUGACUUUCUCGUUACCAAUGUUACUGAGUAUAACAUUAGCGAGAAGUGGGAUUCAACAGGGCCGGAGUCUGUGCGAAAUACUCCCUUAACAGAAUUACUGAACGUAACCUACGCUGCUCUUAUCACCAAGCAACAGAUUGCUUUAGUCAAAGAGCCGUUCUUUAAAGAUUACGCUGCCGCUCACGAUGGCCGCACGCCUUACGUAGAUCCAGCGCCUAGCGCGCGUUGGGCAUGGGGAGAAAGCCAACCAGACUCCAUUCUCAACGACGCCAUCCAUAACAAAACCAUCUUCAUGGACUGGUUCAACCACGCCGUUCUUCCAAAAGACAAAGACUCGCAAAGAUGCUCUUCUAGUAUCUUGCUGUAUACCCAAGGUCCAGGAAUCUUCAGCCGCCGCGAUGUCUACCUAGAUCCUCCGAGUGUUCCGUUCGGAUGGUCAUUGAGCAGGAUUUCCAUCUUCAGCGAAGCACCCGAUAGUGUGUAUCCGAUUGGGGAGGUAUCACAAUUCAGUGAAAUCACUGGUCGCAAUGAGAGCUUGCCUGUUAGCGUUAAUAUCAUGGUGGCCAGAGGAUGUGACGGGCUUGUGCCCAGGCUGGCUGAGGAUCUUGUUGGGCUUGGCUUAUUGAAGAUUCCAAAGACUGGCGGAAGCAUGUCAGGUGGAUCGAUUCUGUUUUAA